AUGUCAUUGAAGAAAGAUUUUCUGUGCUGCUGCUCAUCUAUGUUCCCAAGCACGGAAACUGCUCGUUUCUACCUGCUCGGUGUGCUUAUUGCUCUUUACAUGUUGGCUGGUGCUGCCAUAUUUUCUUCUUUGGAGAGACCAGCAGAGCUACAUGCCCACCGGCUCUGGGAAGAAAGGCUGAUGGACUUCAGUCAUGAGCAUAAUGUUAGUUGUGAAGACCUGAAAUCUCUAUUGCACCACUAUGAGGAGGCCAGGACUGCUGGUAUUCGGACAGAACAAAGCAGAGCCCUAUGGGACAUCCCAGGAGCUUUCUACUUUGUGGGAACUGUUGUGUCCACCAUUGGAUUUGGAGUGACAGCCCCAUCAACCAUGACAGGCAAAGUCUUGCUCGUAUUCUAUGGCUUGCUGGGAUGCUCUGCUACCAUUCUCUUCUUCAAUCUCUUCCUGGAGAGAGUCAUAACAUUACUUAGUCUCCUGAUAUUGUGGUGCCACAGUAAGAGAACCCGGCAUGGCAGACUGGAGUGCAGAGGCAGUGAAAGUGACAGAAAUGAAGAGUGGAAGCCAUCUGUAUACCAAGUUACACUCGUCCUUUUUGUUGCUGUGGUGGUGGUUGCAUUUGGGGCUGCCUCCCUCUAUUCAACCAUGGAGGGCUGGACUUAUUUGGAGUCUCUGUACUUCUGCUUUGUGGCUUUCAGCACAGUGGGCUUCGGAGACUUUGUGAGUGGGCAAAGAGAACACCAUGAGGACACCCAAGUAUACCAGGUAGCUAACUGUCUUCUGAUGCUCUUAGGAGUGUGCUGCACUUAUUCCCUCUUUAACGCCAUCUCUUUGAUCAUCAAACAAGGACUAAACUGGAUGCUGAGGGCAUUGGCUAAAAUACAACCCUGUGCAUACACAGCAGGUGCAAACAGUGUCCAGUUUGGGCCACAGCAUUCUCUGGCGCUCCUGUGUUCCUAG